GGCUCGGGGCGCCACGCCCCUCCCUCCCGCCGGUCCUGCCACCCGGGACGAGAGGACAGUUCAGGACCCGGCGCGGCGCCCCGGAGGGACUGGCACGGGCUUCGGCUUCCAGGCGGGCGCGCCCGAGCGGCGGGCUGCGAUGAUCCCCGAGGAGAAGCAGGACGGCCCGAGCGCCGGCGAGGAGAGCCCCGGGCUGCAGGCGGCCGGCAGCGUCUGCAAGGGCAGUGAGACCGCGGCGCAGGCCCAGCGCGGCCGCCUGCAGAGCCGCAGGGCCCGCAUCCACCAGCAGAUCAGCAAGGAGCUCCGGAUGAGGACGGGCGCCGAGAACCUCUACAGAGCCACCAGCAACACCCGGGUCAGGGAGACCGUGGCCCUGGAGCUGAGCUACGUCAACUCCAGCCUGCAGCUGCUGAAGGAGGAACUGGAGGAGCUCAACUGCAGCGUGGACGGGGAGGGGCCUGCUGGGAGCGAAGGAGUCGCCGUGCCCAUGAUCCCCCUGGGGCUGAAGGAGACCAAGGAGCUGGACUGGUCCGCGGCCCUCACGGAGCUGAUCUCUCAGCACUUCGGAGAGGACGGCGCCUCCUUUGAGGCGGAAAUCAAGGAGCUGGCGGACCUGCGGCAGGCCAUGCGGACCCCCAGCCGGAGCGAGUCGGGCCUGGAGCUGCUCGCCGCGUACUACAACCAGCUCUGCCUCCUGGACGCGCGCUUCGUCAGCCCCGCCCGGAGCCUGGGGCUGCUCUUCCACUGGUACGACUCGCUCACGGGGGUCCCGGCCCAGCAGCGGGCCCUGGCCUUCGAGAAGGGCAGCGUGCUCUUCAACAUCGGGGCCCUGCACACCCAGAUCGGCGCGCGCCAGGACCGCUCCCGCGCCGAGGGCGCCGGCCGCGCGGCGGAGGCCUUCCAGAGGGCCGCUGGGGCCUUCCGCCUCCUGAGGGACAAGUUCUCCCACGCGCCGAGCCCGGACAUGAGCCCCGCCUCCCUGUCCGCUCUGGAGCAGCUCAUGGUGGCCCAGGCCCAGGAGUGCGUCUUCGAGGGCCUCUCGCUGCCGGCCCCCCCGGCGCCCCACGACUGUUUGGCCCAGCUGCGCCUGGCUCAGGAGGCCGCCCAGGUGGCGGCCGAGUACGAGCGGGUGCACGGGGCCAUGGCCAGGCCGCCAGUCCAAGACUACGUGCCCUUCGCCUGGACCACCCUGGUGCGCGUCAAGGCGGAGCACUUCCGCGCCCUGGCCCACUACCACGCGGCCACCGCGCUCUGCGACGGCUCCCCGGCUGAGGCGGAGCUCCUGGCGCUGGAGCAGGUCUUUGUGGGGCCCCCAGCCCCAUCGGAGCCCCGGCGCCCUGCGCUGCCCCAGGAGCCGGAGGAGCGCAGGAAGCUGGGCAAGGCCCACCUGAAGCGCGCCAUCCUGGGGCAGGAGGAGGCGCUGCGGCUGCAUGCCGUGUGCCGCGCCCUGCGCAGGGUGGACCUGCUGCAGGCCGUGCUGGGCCAGGCGCUGCAGCGCUCCCUGGCCAAGUACUCGGAGCUGGACCUCGAGGACGACUUCUUCGAGGCCACCGAGGCGCCCGACAUCCGGCCCAGGACGCACCGGAGGCCGGAGGCUCGGGCCCCCAGCUUCUCCUGUGGGAAGGCGGCUGACAUCUUCCACCGGCUGGGGCCCCUCUCCGUGUUCUCAGUCAAGAACCGCUGGCGGCUGGCGGGGCCCGUCCACGUGACCCGCGGGGAGGGCGGCUUCGGCUUCACGCUGCGGGGAGACUCGCCCGUGCUCAUCGCUGCGGUCGUCCCCGGGGGCCGCGCUGCGGCGGCUGGCCUGCAGGAAGGCGACUACAUCGUGUCCGUGGAUGGGCAGCCGUGCCGGUGGUGGAAGCACGCCCAGGUGGUGGCCCAGCUGAGGGGCGUGGGCGCCGAGGGCGUGAGCCUGCAGGUGGCGACCCUGCUGCCCAGCGCCGAGCCGCCCGGCACAGGGGACCGCCGGCCGGCCCUGCGGGGGCUUCUGAGGAGCCAGAAGGAGUGCGGCUGGGAGACGCCGGCGCCGGCGAGGGCCAGCCCCAGGCCCCUCCUCGGCUGGAGCCGCAAGGCCCCGCAGGGCCGGCCUGGAGGGAGGCUGUGCCCGGCCCCUCGGCCCCGCGCUGCGGCGCCCCCACCCUCCAGCUGCCCCGGGAGGCAGUGAGGGGCGGGCCCCCCACACUGCUGCGCCCCAGCCCUCUCCAGCUGGCGGGCAGCAGGGCCCCCUCGGGCCCUCCCCCCCGGAGGACCGUCAGGCCCCUGUCUGCCGCCCAGCCCGGUGCCCAAGCUGCCCAUUAAAGACAG